UCAACUUUUCAAGAAAAUUGGAACAAUCGCGAAUCGCGAAAGGUUGUUUUAUCGUCACUUCUAUAUAAAAAAUAUGUUUAUUCAAAUUCGACAGAAAUUACUAUUUAAUACGAUAACGAAAUAUGGGAAACAGGUGAGAUAUAGUACCUCCGUUAUUAGCGAAGUGAAGGAUGAAGUCGAAAAGACAGCGGAGCCGAUGUAUCUACCUAUCGAAGAGUCGAGUUAUAAAGCUAAUUCGAAGAGAAAAAAACAAGCUUGGUAUGAAAAGAUCAAGAGCAUACAAACUGUGGAAGAGAAACUAUUCGAAUUUAAUAUGCCACGAUAUUAUGGUUGGAAGUCGUUACUCUUGAAUGAACAUUCAAUACCAUACAAUUCUUUGUCACAUGCACAGUAUAUUACGAGGACACAUGUCAUCAAAGAGCCUGGUCUUCCAGCAUACUAUAAUGAUGUAAUUUCCACUGAGCAGUUAGAUAGCAUUGUACAAGCAAUAAAGCAUGACAUAGAAGAUAAUAUAAUUUUUGAAUAUUGUAUUAGAAGAAGAGAGCAUGAAAUUAAAACUAAUAUGUUGCUGGAUGAAAAUAUUGCAAAUUUAGACAAGAAAGUAGAAGUAGAUAAUAAUAUAUGUCAAGCACUCAUUCAAAAAAUUAAUAGGACAAUGCUGAUACAUCUCUCUUCUAUGUAUCCAUAUUUAUUACAAGCUGAAAUUGAUAUUAAACCGAGAUUGGAAGCAUCUUGGUUUGCUGGUGGUGUAGAACCUUCUCUUUUUAUGAAGCAGUGCAGAAAGAAAUAUGCACAUUUGAAAGAUUUUGUUGACGACUUGGUAGAUUUGCCUGUUCAGUAUCUAGGUCAGCCUGCCCUGCAUUUGAGAUAUAAGCAUCCUCUAAGAGAAAUUAUUUCUCUAAACGAAUGUCAAAAUCCAGAUUUGGAUGUACCAACAUUUAAGUUAUGUCCAACGGUAUUGACUUAUAAACUUGGUCGAAGACACUUGACUAAUAUUCCUGGAUUUUGGCCUGGUGAUAAAAAUGAGUUUGGAUUCUUAUCUUAUCAUAGUUGCACGAAUUUGCAAGGAAGACCAAAAAAAUAUAAUGAUACAUCUGAAGCACUUACUGUACAGGCAAUAUUAGCAUCUUAUAGUUGGUUAUUGUCGCAAGCUUGUUAUCAAGGUUUUUCUACUUUUAAUGACAUUACAUAUCCCUUAAUCACUCAAACAGUUAUAACAGAUGGGCAAUGGUGGUCAUUCUGUGUUUAUCAACUUAAUACUACAUUAGUACACUCUGAAUACAUCAGUGAAAAUCCAAAACGUAAUAUAUGUUGGAUUACAGAGCCAAUAAAAUUAUUUGAUAAGAUAGAAAAUGAAAAAGUUCAUGGCUUAAAUGAAGAAGUCCUCAAGAUUUUGAUCAAAUUUUACACAAAUAUGCCUGAAGAAAGGAUAGGUAUAGAUUUAAAACCAUAUUUAGGGCAAGUGAUCAAAGUAAUAGCUGAUAUAAGAGGUAAUAAUAGAAGAAAUUGGCUUGAGAAACAGUAUAAGCAUCUUGUAUGUAAUAGGCCAAGAGGCAGACAAAUACCAGAAAUAUAUAAUUGGCAGAAGAUCUAUCUUAUACGACACAAAACUCGUCCAAUGGAUAAGAAACGAGAACCAUGGGAAUAUGGUAUCAGAAUGUUCAAACGUAGAUUAGAUGAUCAUCUGCCAGCUUAUAUACCGAGAUGUUUACGAAGGAAUCCCAAUAAGAGAAAGAUAGGACGAUGGACAGAAACGUAUUAUCCAUAAUUACAA